AUGCAGCUGCCCGCGACGCUCCUCUCUCUGACGUUUGACAACGUCGCAGCCAUUGAUAUCGACGUUGUCCAAACCAAGCAGUGGCGCUCGCUCCUGCAACUCGAGUUCUUGACGUCAAGCCCCACGAUCACCAACAACAUUCAAUGGCCACCAUCGCUGCAAAACAUGUACCGUAUUGUCAUCUCUGGCGUCCCGUGCAAACGCGAGCCUAGUACAUUUUACGAUGUCGGCUUGAACGACAUCCCAAAGAACCUGCCAGCGUCCGUCUCGUUCUUGUCGAUGGCGGGAAGCAAGCUCGUCGACUUCAACCACCUUCCGCCCAAUUUGACUCGCUUGAACCUCGACUCGAACCAGCUGCCAUCUAUCACCGACCGCGACUGGCGAGCGUUUACCUUUUUGCGUCUCUCGGGCAACAAGCAACUAACGUCACUUGCGCGCGUCCAGCUCUCGACCAAAAUCGAGUAUUUCGACAUUGCCAAUUGCCCGCUCUUGACCAACAUGACGAUCGAUGCGAGCACGUUUGCGGCGCUUGACGUGCUCCCGUAUGCCGGUGACGCCGACAGCGAUCUCCUCUACCGAGGCUUUGUCGUGAAUCAUGACGUCUUGACUAAUGCCGCCAACUGCUCGGCCUUGAACGGCACGAUCCAGCGCCUCUGGAAGUCGACGACCAAGUACAUGGUCAACGUCUGCGUGCUGUCGGGCGCCCCAACGACAACGAGCCCUCCCGUUGCCACGUCAUCAAGCACAGGCCUUGUCAUCGGUGUCGUCGUCGGCGUCCUCAUUCUUCUCGGCGCCAUGGCGGCGUUUGUCGUCGUCAAGCGUCGCAGAAUCUCGCCCCCGCCCCUCGCUCCCAUCUACAAGCACUCUGAGAGCGACGGCACCCAGAGCGUCGAUGCGACCACGGACGGUCGCAGUGUCAGCCUCAAGACCAUUGGCACCAACGGCACGGGUGAGCCCACGAGUAGUACCACCGGCACACGCCGACCCAUCAUCAACCCCGACGUCGACGUCAUCUUGGAUGUCAAGCCGCUCCUCCACCACCGACUAGAGCUCUCGGAACUCAUUGUCACGUCCAACAAACCGCUGGCGUCUGGUGCGUUUGGCGAAGUCUGGCUCGGCACGUACGGCGGCAAGCAAGUCGCGGUCAAGCGCAUGAAGAACCAAGACGCACGCAUGGCCCAGAAGUUCAUCGAAGAAAUCGUCCUCAUGUCCCAGAUGAGCAGCGACUACAUUGUCAAGUUUGUCGGUGCCAGCUGGACCCGCCCGAUCGAGAUCGAGUGCGUCGUCGAGUUCAUGGACCUCGGCGACUUGAGGUCGUACCUCGUGAGCCAGUCGCCAGCGCAGUUCAGCUGGGACCAAAAGCUCAACUGCAUCACCAGCAUCGUCCGCGCCUUGGUCUACCUGCAUACGUACAAUCCGCCGAUCAUCCACCGCGAUCUCAAGUCUCGCAACGUCCUCCUCGACUCGGUCAAGGGCACCAAGCUCACCGACUUUGGCGAGUCGCGCGUCGCCGAAGAAGACGAUCUCAUGACCAACGGCAUUGGCACGUACCUGUGGAUGGCGCCGGAAGUGAUCUCGGGGACCCACUAUGGCGCGCCGGCCGACAUUUACUCGUUUGGUAUCAUCUUGUCCGAGUUUGCGACGCACCGAGUCCCUUAUGCGGACCUGGGCCACCCGACGACGGGCAAAGCCUUACCCCAGCAUUAUGUGCUUCAAGAAGUGCGCGAAGGUCGUCUCCAGCCGACGCUGGACGGGCCGAGCGUGCCGUCGUGGGUGUCGGACAUGGCCAAGAAGUGCCUCCAGCUUGUUGAGAAAGCCCGUCCGACAUCUCUCGAGCUCGCGUCGAUGCUCGACAAGUGCCGCGUCUAAGCACUAAACGUGUAUUUUCCAAAAUUAUCAAUUUGUCAAUCGAACGACAUGUUGCACCAUGC